UAGAAGUGUGGAUUGUAAGAAGAAGUAUUCAAUGCGAACCUAUUACAGUAAAUUGUACAACAAAACACAAGCGUAAAAAACGAGAUUCUUUUUUUUUUCUUUAAGUAAUUAAGAAUUUACAGUGAUGGCGGACAAAACAAGUGAAUUACGAAUGAAUUUGGCAGCAAUAAAGCGUGUCGAUCCAUAUGCAAAGGAUAUUAUCGAUAAUUCGGCGCAUGUUGCAUUUUAUACAUUCAAUCCGGACGAAACCGAAUGGGAAAAGACGGAUAUUGAGGGUGCAUUUUUCGUAUAUAGUCGUAAUGCUGAACCAUACCACAGUGUAUUCAUUAAUAAUCGUUUGAACACCAAUUCAUUGGUCGAACCAAUUACGGCUGGCAUUGAAUUACAAAAUCAAACACCGUUCUUGCUCUAUCGCAACGAACGCAAUCGAAUUCGUGGUUUUUGGUUUUAUAAUCGAAACGAAUGUGAUCGCAUCAGUGAAUUAGUUGAACGAAUUGCCAAGGACGCUGAACCAUUGACGGAAAGUCAAAAGAGUGGCGAAUCCAACUUACCAACACAGGCAUUCGACUUGAUGACUUAUUCAAAUAAUAAUGUCGAUAUUUUUAGUAUGCUAAGCAGAGCACAACAAGAUUUCAAUACUUCGUUAACAGCGUCCAAAACUAAGGCGGUGCCACCAUCGCCAGACGCACCAAAAGUUAUGGUCAACGAAUCGAUUGAGAAGAAGAGUGCACUACAAAAAGUUGCACCGGCUGCAGCGCCCAUUCAAAUUCCCGUGAACAGUUCAGUGAUGAAUUUCUUUGCUGCUGCCAAACCAGCACAGGCUCAAUUGAAAGAAGGAUCCGGACCAUUGUUGCAGCGCAUGCUUUCACAGCCCGUUCAUAUUGAUCAAAUUGAACAACGCGUUAAAACACCAUUGAAAGAGAAACAGUCUCCACCACAAAAUCGAUCAACAUCAUCAAAUGCAAAGCCCAAGCAAAUUCCAUUUGGUUCGGUUGCAAACAUUGAGAAUGGUUUGAGUUUCGUUCGAAUCAAUUCGCCAACACAGCAACAAAAUGCAUCAAUUGAUUUGGGCACAUCGCCUUUGGCCACAUUCAUUGCAUCAAAUAAUUUGGCACAUUUUAAAGGACCACUGCCAACAGACGUUAAGGAAAUUGAAUCUCAGCGUCAGAAAACCGAUCCUCAAUUGCAGGCACUUUUGAAAAAACCGGUGCCAGUGUCGUCGACACCAAAACCAGGCGGCUCGCAAAGUAGUAAUACAACACCGGGAAAGCCAGCUGCUACCAAAUUAAUGCCGCCAACUAUGUUUGAAACGACAGCCAAUGAGGCAAACAAUCAACGCGUUGGGCCACAAAAUGCAAACGCAAAGGCUGGCAAAAAUGAAAGCAAUGAAACAAACAAGAAGAAUUCCAUGGCAAAGAGCAAAGAUGUGGGCAAUCCAAAGUCAAGAAAGAAGUCGGCACAUGAACAACAACAGCAGCAGCCACAUACACAGGCACAACAAACUGAUGAUUUGGCCGCAGCCGUACAGCCAUUGACUGAAACGCAACUGCUACAAGCUAUUUCUUAUUUGAUGAAAAAUGAUCCAAGCUUCAUUCGGAAAAUUCAUGAAGCUUAUUUGAAAUCAUUCGCCGAAAUGGUUUCACAAUAAAUCGCAAAUGGAUCACUGCUGACAAACAACAACCGAACUUAUUAAAUAGCUGAAUUUUCAAGGAGCGAAGGAGAUGAAAGAAAUGAAGGUGAAAAAAAAAAGAUGAACGAAAACAGGACAAAUUAACGUACAUAUACAAAUAUCACAGGCAUUUAAACAUUAUUCAAUACAAAAAAAAAUAUUAUUACAAUCACGUAAAUGAAAAUGGAUAGAUGUUUUAAGACAUAGUAAUUGAAGGAGGAAUAAUGUUGCUGCAUCUCAUUCAGCAUAGAAUAUUUUUACUGUUUUGAUUCACGUCGUAAGAACCAUUUAUAACACAAAAUAGAUCCAUAAUAAUUCAAUGUUUCUUAUUAUUAUUAUUUUUUCUCAUCGAUGUUAGUGCAUUUGCUUCUAUUCGACUCUUCGUGCUUACAAAUCGAAAGCAAAAACUAUCAACAUGUUUUACAUGUGCAUUUUUUUAUUCUGAUGAACCGAUCUCGGUGAUAUGAUUAAUGCAUACAUUGAAGUUAUAAAAUUGUAUUCGUUAUGUUUAAAAAAAAAAUAUUAAAAUGACACAUGUACUACAAAAACACAAAAUAAAAGUAAACAAAAGGA